CGGCUGAAACCACUUCUCUGUCUGAGCUCCCUCUAAAGGAGGUGUCAGGAUGAAGCUCCUUUUUGCAGCUGUCUUUGCACUCUUUGCGCUUUCUACCUUUGACCAGGUAGAUUCCUCUGCUUAUGAUAAAAUAGUGAGCCACAGCCGCAUAAGAGCAAAGAAAGAAGGACCGAAUGUGUGCGCACUCCAGCAUGUGUUGGGAACCAAGAAGAAGUACUUCAGUACUUGCCGUAAUUGGUACCAAGGAGCCAUCUGUGGAAAGAAAGCUACUGUAGUCUAUGAGUGCUGCCCAGGAUACAUGAAGUUGGACGGUAUGCGUGGCUGUCCUGCUGUUGCUCCCAUUGACCAUGUGUACGGCACCCUCGAUUUGGUUAAUGCAAUCACCACUCAGCAGUACUCGGCCUUGUCCAAACUGAGGGAGGAGAUUGAAGGACCGGGAUCUUACACCUUCUUUGCCCCCAGUAAUGAAGCUUGGGAUCUUUUAGAUACGGAAGUGAGGGGUGCUUUGGUGAGCAAUGUCAACAUUGAGCUGUACAAUGCUCUGCACUACCAUAUGGCUAACAAGCGCCUCCUCACCAAAGACCUGAAGAAUGGACUCACCGUCAAGUCUAUGUACAAUGACCUUACUCUCUUCAUCAACCACUAUCCCAAUGGGGUGGUGACUGUCAACUGUGCCCGGAUCAUUCACGGGAACCAGGUUGCCACCAAUGGUGUGGUGCAUGUCAUCGAUCGUGUUAUCACUGCUGUUAGCAACACCAUUCAGGAUGUGCUUGAUGUUGAGGAUGAUCUGUCUUCUCUGAACACUGUGGCUUCUAACGCUGGCUUGUUGGAGAAGUUGGGCAAGCCUGGCCACUUCACUCUGUUUGCUCCCACCAAUGAUGCCUUUUCUAAGCUGGACAACGAAGUAAUAGAGAGACUCAUGGGUAACAAAGGUGCCCUCCAAGCCCUGUUCAAUUACCACCUCUUGGACUCUGUCCAGUGCUCAGAGGCCAUAAUGAGUGGCACCGCAUAUGAGACUGUGGAGGGCAGCAACAUUGAGAUUGGCUGUGAUGGAGACAGCCUCACUGUUAACGGCGUCAGGAUGGUGCUGAAGAAGGACAUUGUGACCAGUAAUGGAGUUAUCCACCUGAUUGACCAGGUGCUCAUGCCCGACUCAGCUAAGCAGGUGCUGGAGCUGGUUGGCCAGUCACAGUCCACCUUCGGUGAUAUGGUGUCAGAAUUGGGUCUGGCAGCAUCCAUGAGACCGAAGGCCGAGUACACACUGCUAGCUCCCAUCAACGCAGCCUUCAGCGAUGAGGUCAUGUCCAUGGACCAGAGUAUCCUGAGAGUCAUUCUGGAAAACCACAUUCUGAAGAAGAAGAUUGUGUUGAGUCAGCUGUUUAAUGGCCAGCGCCUGGAGACUCUGGGAGGAAAAUUUCUCAGGGUGUUCAUCUACCGCACAGCUGUCUGCAUUGAGAACGCCUGCUUGAUUCGAGGAAGCAAAGAGGGAACCAACGGCGCGCUCCAUCUCAUGAAGACUCUGAUCAAACCAGCUGAAUCCAACAUGUUCCAAUUGCUGACUGAACAUGGAGGCUUCAGGAUCUUUUUGUCUCUGAUGGAGGCAGCUGGUCUGACUGAUUUGCUGAAGCAGGAGGGAGAUUUCACCUUGUUUGCCCCAAGCGAUGAGGCUCUUGCUGGACUCACUGAGAGAGAAAUCUCCAUUCUGAAGAGUGAUCCCAAUGCCCUCAGAACCAUCCUGCUCUACCACUUCAGCAAAGGCAUCUUCAUUGGCGGAGGCUUGGAGUCCGGAGUCACUAAUCUGCUCAAAUCUCUCCAGGGCAGUUACCUCAAAGUCUUGUUUGGGAAUGACGGCGUGCAGGUGAACUCUGUGCAAGUUCCCAAGUCCGAUCUCAUGGCUUCAAACGGAGUCAUUCACAUCAGCAAGAGCCUUCUGUACCCUGAAGAUGUUCCUGUUGGAAACCAGGAAUUCCUCUCACUGCUCAGAAGGUUCAUCAAGUACAUCCAGAUCAAGUAUGUAUCAGGCUACAGAUUUCAGGAGAUUCCACUGACAUUCAUGAAGAGAGUCAUCACAGUUCCCGAAGUCACCAAAGUGACCCGAGUUGUUCAGGGACAACCCUCUGUUACUAAAGUUACACGUGUUAUUGAGGGAGCACCAAGCGUUACUAAGGUGACGAGAGUCAUCGAGGGAGACCCAAGCCUGACCCAUGUCACCAGGGUCAUUGAGGGAGACCCGACCUUCACCAAGGUCACAAGGGUCAUCGAGGGAGAACCAAGCCUGACCCAUGUCACCCGAGUCAUUGAGGGAGACCCGACCUUCACCAAGGUCACAAGGGUCAUCGAAGGGGCGCCAUCUCUUACCAAAGUUAUUGAAGGUCCUGAGAUCUUAUUCAGCAGCUUUGCCGAUACGGAGCACAAUGGCCCUCAGACAGAGUACUUUAAUCUGGAGACGGACGUUGAGAAAAUCACCCAGGUCGUUCAAGAUGGAAGACGAGUGCCAGGAAGACGUGUGCCAGCUGGAGUCAGAAGGAGAACCAGGAUGACCAGCCAACCCAAGACCAAGUGAGAUGGGAAAAACAAAUGGACCCUUCAAUGUUUAAAAGAAAUCAGGGGUUCAAGGGAAUCACUUGUUUAAAAAAAAAAGAAAAAAGAAAGAAAAAAAAGUGGCCUCUCUUAAUAAGAUACUUUUGGAUGAGUCCGAUUGGAACUUGGUUUAAACCAAACAGAAAUUAAAUUAUACUGUCCAAUGUAUGUACAUAUUUUUUUUUUUUAAGUUUUUUUGUUUGUUUGUUUGUUUGUUUAUUUUUUUUAAUCUUUGUUGUUGUUUUUGUUGGGUUACAUUUGGAACAGACUGUUACUGAAAAUUCACUCAGUCUAUUAGGAAAAAAAAAAAAAAAAAGGUCAGAGGCAAGAUGUGGAAAUUACACACAUCUGUGUAUUUUUUUAUUUUUAUUUUUUAAGCACCUCAAAUUCCAUUCAGUUUGUUCUGUAAGUGGAUCUGUUUCUCAGAAUGUGUCUACGCAUAUGGUUAACUCCUUAAACCAAGAUGGAACAUGAAUCCAGAUUUUGUUGGGUUGAGGUUUACUUCUGCAUGGCCAAAGAUUUUAUGGUGCUCAUCUUCAGUAAUUUUUUUCUUUAAAAAAAAAAUAAAGAUUUGCAAGAUUUUGAUAAA